CAAAAUCAUCUGAAGGUUGUUUAUUUUCCAAAUUUCCAUGCUGUUUUUUUGAGUGAUGUCUGAAUGAAAAAAAUGUAAUCUUUGAAAUAUCUUUUUGGAAAAUGUUCACAAAAUUCCUAAAUGUUUCACAUUCAAAUAAUAUUACGCAACGAAUUUUACGAAAUGGCUACAUUAUAAAUCGUCCACUGCAAACAUCAACACAGAAUCGAGCAAAUCUUCGUGUUCUAAAACUUGUGGAUGAUAUACAGAAUCAAAAAUUUAAUAAUAAUAAAAAAACUAAAACGAAAAAAUCUGAUACAUUAAAAAAUGUAAUUGAAAAACAAUUUAAUAAGAAAAAAUAUGAAAAAAAGAAUUUGAUUCCGGUGGAAACAACAAUCGUCAAUGUUAAUGCUCAAACAAAACAAGUUGAAAACGAAUCAAAACCUGUAGAUAAAUCUAUUGAUUUAUUUGAAGAAUUAGGUUUGAAUGAUGUAGAUAAUAUUAUUGAAAAUGGUACCUAUUAUUAUCGUGAUAUGGAUGAAGAUUAUGAAAUAUAUGAAGAUGCAUUUAUGACCAAAAAAAAUUUACUUAGUUAUAUUCAUGUUUGUAUAUUUAAUGAUCAACUAACUGAAGCACAUUCAUUUUUAAUGGAAUUUUUGGGUAAAUUUUCCAAUUCAUUAUCAUCAAAUGAUAUUGCAACCUGUUGUGAAUUAUUGAUCAAAGGAAUGGCACGUAAAGGUAGUACGGAAGAUGUUCGUGAUCUAAUUUCAUUUAUUUGUGAUAAAUUAAAAAUAAAACCAAGUAUACAUGUAUAUGAAUGUUAUCUAUUAGCAUUAUGUAAACAAAUGAAAAAUGUUGAGAAUAAAAAUACAUUAAAUUGUUUAUUCGAAGAGAUGAAGAAAAAUGGCCUGAAUCCAGAAUAUCUUCUUUUUCGACCAAUUUUAAAUCAUAAAGAAGUGAAAAUGAUACGUACAUUUUUGAAUGAAAAUGCAAGUGAUCAAAAAUUUCGUAAAUUUAUUCAUCCAAAAAGAUAUGAUAAUCAUCUAGUCGAAAAAAUUUUACAAACUGAACAAAAACAUUAUGAUCCAUUCGAAGGAAUUGAUUUAUCCAAAAUGGAUGAUUAUGUUGAACAACAAUUCAAUAUUGAAAUGAAUUCAAUGGUUAAAGUUGAACCAAUCGAAGCACGAUUUUAUGAUUCGGAUAAAUCAAAAUCCGAAACAUUUUAUAAAGAUUUAAUUAAAAAACUUGAAAAUAAAUGGAAACAAUCAUUAAUGAUUUCAUUUGAAAAUUAUCUUAAAAAUUUAAAACAAAAACAUAAAAGAUUAAGUGGAAUUCCAUUUAUACAUUAUAUGACUAUAAUGGAACCAGAAAUCUAUAUAAAUGUUAUGUUAGAAGAAAUAAGAAAAUGUGCAUCAUUCAGUGAACAUUAUUCACCAUUUUCUGGACAACUAUUCGAAUCAUUAGGACGGAAAAUUAUGCAACAUUAUCUACUGCGUUCGAAUAUGAUUGAUGGAACAUUGAAUGAUUUUAAACAAUGUUAUAAACAAUAUGUAAAAUAUACACUUGAUCCAGAAAUGAUAAGAAAAUAUAAUCCAAGAGAAUAUUGGCAAUAUUUAAUUGAAAAUGGUUAUCAUUAUCAUUUUGAUGAAACAAAAUAUUGGCCAAAUAAUGUAUUGAAAGAAAUUGGUAAAGAUUUAUAUGAAAUUAUAUCAUCGGAAGCAAAAUUUAAUUCAGAUAUUUUAAAUAUGGUCGAAUUGGAACCAUAUUCCAUUCAACCGGUUAUAUCAUUUUUCUAUAAAAAUCAUGAAACAUUUAAAACAAAAAAAGAAGUCCGUGUGAAUCCAUUGUUGAUAAAAAUCUAUGAAGGUGCUGGAUCGGAUAUUCUGUUUGAAUCGGAACGUUUACCAAUGUUAUGUCCACCAGUACCAUGGAUUAAUGUAAAUUUUGGUGGUAAUUUACUUGUUCAUAAUUUUCUUGUUCGUCUUCCAUUAUAUUAUCCAAAACAUCGUUUAAAACGAACACCUGUUCAACAACUUUAUCCAACAUUUGAUUCAUUAAAUGCUUUAUCACUUUGUCCAUGGAAAAUUAAUGAUCGUAUUCUUGAUGUUGCUAUUGAUAUAUUUAAAAAUAAUGGAAAUAUUGAUCUUGAUAUACCGGUUUCAUUAUCAUAUUUUGGUCCAUUACCACGAUCAUCAUGUGAAAUGUCACGUAAAGAACGUGCUUUAAUAUAUUAUAAACGUAAACUGCAGAAAAAAGAACAAGCUGAAAUGUAUAGCCUUUGGGUGGAUUGUUUUUAUAAAUUAUCAAUUGGUAAUUCUCUUCGUGAUAAAUAUUUUUGGUUUCCAAUUAAUACCGAUUUUCGUAGCCGUGUAUAUCCAAUUCCACCAAAUUUUAAUCAUCUUGGUAAUGAUUUAUCACGUGCUUUAUUAUUGUUUGGUAAAGGAAAACCAUUAGGUGAAAAAGGUUUAAAAUGGUUAAAAAUUCAUCUAAUUAAUUUGACUGGUUUGAAAAAAAGAUGUUCAGUAAAAGAACGACUUGAAUAUGCUGAUGAAAUUAUUGAUCUAAUAAUGGAUAGUGCUGAUAAUCCAUUGACCGGGAAAAAAUGGUGGAUGUCAAGUGAUGAAAAAUGGCAAACACUUGCAUGUUGUAUUGAAUUGACCAAUGCAUUACGUAGCCCAGAUCCAUAUGCAUAUGUUAGUCAUAUGCCAAUACAUCAGGAUGGUUCAUGUAAUGGUCUUCAACAUUAUGCAGCACUUGGUCGUGAUAUUCUUGGAGCCAAAUCAGUCAAUUUAAGUCCAAGCGAAUAUCCACAGGAUGUUUACAGUGAUGUUGCUGCAUUAGUUGAAGCAGAAAUUGAAAAAGAUUGUGCUAACGGUGUUGAAAUUGCCAAUAUUGUUAAAGGUUUUAUAACACGAAAAAUAGUCAAACAAACUGUGAUGACCUAUGUAUAUGGUGUGACUAAAUAUGGUGCCAAACUUCAAGUACUUAAACGAUUGAAAGAGGAUUCACAUUUCCCAGAAUCACAUAAAGUUACAGCAUCGGUUUAUAUUUCUGAAAAAAUUUUAUUCUCCAUACGAAAAAUGUUUACACAAACACGAAUUAUUCAGGAUUGGCUGACCGAUUGUGCACAAAUCAUUUCAACUGAUUAUAAUUCAACUGUUGAAUGGAUUACACCACUUGGUUUUCCAGUCAUUCAAUCAUAUUACAAAAAUCCAAGAAAAAAUGCACCAACUCUACUUAUACCGAAUUCAAUGAAACAAAAAAAUGCUUUUCCAGCCAAUUUUAUUCAUUCAUUAGAUUCAAGUCAUAUGAUGUUGACAUCAUUAGAAUGUCAUCGUAAUGGUCUAACAUUUUCAUCCGUACAUGAUUGUUAUUGGACACAUGCAUCACAAAUUGAUAUGAUGAAUUAUUUUUGUCGUAAACAAUUUAUUGCCUUACAUAAUGAACCAAUAUUGGAUAAUUUAGCCAGAUUUUUACGUAAAAAAUUAGAACUUUAUGAUAAAAAUCAUAAAAGAUAUUCAUCCGAAUAUAGUGAACUAAUCAAACAUAUUGAUCGUAGUAUACCGAAAGGUGAAUUUCAAUUAAAUUCCGUUAUGGAUUCUGUAUAUUUUUUUAGCUAAAUCAAAAUACAAAUAUCAAAAUAC